AGAAUCUGCCGCCCCUCGCCUGCUGGGGUGGGCAAAGACUCAGCCAGGCUCUCCCGCUCGACUCGGCAGCAAGGAGAGGAGCGCCGGUCGGACGGCUGCCUUGCGUUUCGCCCGCGCCUGUCUCUGCAAACGUCCGUGUGCGGCGGGGUGGCUGAGCCGCGGGCAGAACGCGGGCGGCGCCGGGUCUGCUCCACAUCGCGUGUCUGUCGCGCGGCACAGAGGAGCUCCUGCGGGCAGCGGCCGAGGAGGCGCGAUGGGCUCACGGUGCGGACGAAGCGCGGCGGCGCUGCCUCCCGGCGCGCUCUGCCUGGGCGCUGCGCUCAGCGGCGUGUGCAGCUUCUGCCUCUUGGCUGCGGCCAUCGGCACCGACUACUGGUACUUGGUUCGGGUCGACCCGGCUCCGGCGAGCAACCUCACCACCAGCGCUUGGGACGCCGAGCAGCUGAGUUCGCAUGCCGGACUCUGGCGCCUUUGCGAAGGGUGGAAUGCCUGCAUGCCUCUGAUUGACCCCUUUGGCACACAGAGUAGGCAAGUUCCAGCAUCACUCCAACAUCUUAUCUGCAUGCAGCGAGCCUUUGUGGUUCUGCUGCCACUCAGCCUCAUCUUGGUUGUCUUUGGCUGGAUCUGUGGGAUCAUCGGUUCCUUGGCCCGGAGCUCCCAGCUUCUGCUGUUUACAGGCUGCUAUUUUCUGCUGGGUGCUUUGCUGACACUGUCGGGGACCAGCAUCUACAUCUGCUAUUCCAGGGCAGCAUACACCGAGACAGUGCGCAUGUUUGACCCGCAGCACUUCAAGCACGUCCACAUUGCCUUUGGCUGGUCCCUGGCACUUGCCUGGCUUUCUUUUGGCACGGAGGUGCUGGCUGGCUGGCUGCUUCUCCUGGCUGCUUGGGGGCUCAGCCUGAAGCCAGAGGGAGACUCAGUGGUCAUCUGAUACGGGGAGAGAGAUGGCAGGGGAUGCAGCAUUGCCAAGGCUGUGACCUCAUCCUGCCCCACAUGGAUACCCUCCCUUGAUCCUUCUGGUGGGAAAUUCUGAGGUUGCUCAGUCUGGCUGCAGCUCCAAUGCACUCAUGGGUUGUGAGGUUACAGAAUCAGGGGUAUGCCCCCAAAGUAGAAGGGUCUGCCCGUGGAUGUGCUAGGCAGAGAGCCCAAGUUGACAAGGCACGCCAGUUGCCAUCUCUGCUUGAUGGCUUUGUGGAAUGCUGGGUGGGGCAGAGCUUAGAGUUCCUUUCCUGGGCUGCUGGUGUGCAGACAGAGCGAAGUGGGCAGGCAACAAAUGCCCUUUAUCUGCUCCCCCGCAAACUGCGGCAGCUUUGCCAUGUCCCUUGAUCUAUGCAGCUAGCACUCCUCCCUGAAACAUGAUUUUCUGUCUGUCCUCCUUGAUGCAUGCGGUAACUCUUUAAAUAAAGGGCUCC